UGCCGGUGGAGAGUGGGAAGCAGGGGUGUGUGGGGCGGUGGUUUAGGUGUCAGGGAGGGAAUCGUGCAGAGAAGCGGGCUCCGGGGCCCUCCAUUCAAAUCAGUCAUUUUCUUCUCGUCGACUCGCUCGCUCUUUUUCUCUCUUCGGUCUUGGAUCCCCGACCUUCCCGGAGCAGGGGCUGCUCCCAACCCCGGGCCUGGCCCGCUGCCCCUCGGGGGGCAGAUGGCGGUCCGCAGCGGUAACACCUUGACGCCUUUCUCCAUCCAGGCGAUUCUUAACAAGAAGGAGGAGAGGGCAGGGCAUCCGUGCUUGGAAGGGCGCCUGCCCCAGGCUAGGGGAGCCGCGGCCCCUGCAGGCUCGAUCGCCGCGGCUCCAGCUUGUUGCUGGAGGCUUUUUGGAGAAAUGGACUCGAGUACUGUGGGGGGAGUUGGGGAGACGCUCCUACCCUCCCCUGCCGGGCCUAGGGCGGCGGCGGCAGCCGCGGCAGCUGCAGCAGCAGCAGCAGCGGCGGCGGCAGCGGCGGCGGCGGCUGUGGGUCAUACAGCGGAAAGCCCGAGGAGCUGGGACUCUGACUCGGCUCUGAGCGAGGAGAACGAAGGGGAGCGGCGAUGCCCAGCGGAGACUGUAGGACUGCCUGUGAUGGCCAGCGGCGGGGGACGAGGCCAGGAGACUCCCUGCAGGGGGCAGCCGGGGCCGGAGACUCAAGCCAAAGACCUGGAAGAGGAGCCCCCGGGCCUGAGUGACAGCGAGAUGUCAGCCAGCGUUUCAGAUCGCAGCCCGAGGACAGAGGAAGACGGAGGAGGAGGCAAGUGUGAGAAACUUCUUUGUGGCGGGGGCCCGGGAGAAGAGGAGCAAUCUGCGCCCAAGCCUCGGAAGAAGCGCUCUCGAGCCGCUUUCUCUCACGCCCAGGUCUUCGAGUUGGAGCGUCGCUUCAAUCACCAACGCUACCUGUCGGGGCCCGAGAGGGCGGACCUGGCGGCCUCUCUGAAACUCACCGAGACUCAGGUGAAAAUCUGGUUCCAGAACCGCCGCUACAAGACCAAGCGCCGCCAAAUGGCCGCAGACCUGCUCGCCUCCGCUCCCGCCGCCAAGAAGGUGGCGGUCAAAGUGCUAGUAAGGGACGAUCAGAGACAGUACCACCCUGGGGAGGUGCUCAGGCCCCCCUCGCUGCUUUCCCUUCAACCCUCCUACUACUACCCCUACUACUGCCUUCCCGGCUGGGCCCUCUCCACCUGCACGGCGGCAGCGGGCACCCAGUGAAGACUGACGACAGCGAUGAGCCAGGUCCCCGGACGCCUCCACAAAAACCGACCUGUCCGCCAGCCAUCCGAGGAAAAGGACAUCGAGGACACUAUUUAUUAUGAUUUCUUUAUUUUUGUUAUUAUUGCUAUUGUUGGGUCUGCGGUGACUUUUCAUUAAGGAUGGGGCCAGGGAGGGAAUUUGGGAGUAGGGGAUGGGAUUAGGGUGUGGGGGAGGGUUGGGGCCCAGUUACCUAACUUCACAGACAUUCACAGCAAGCCGAGAGCUUGGUCCAUUCGGCCGAACGAGUUCAUGGUAUCCAUGCUACCGAGAUAUUUGUAUAUACAUAUCUAUCUAUUUUUUUAAUUGGAUUGAUAUGGAGGUGGGGAAAGGGGCUCUAUUAGAUCCCAAACCCACAGGAGUCGUACCAAGGGCAGCCUAAAGGAUGAAAUGAAAAAGAUCAGUGCUGUAUCGGUUAUUUUGGUUCGGGUUUGGUGUCUGUGCGCCUGUCCCCCACCCCCACCCUCUCGGGCGCCUAAGCCUGUGGCCUCGCAGCUGGCCCUGUUCGGUGCUGAAUGUAAGUAAGCCUCGUUUUACACCCCUCAGUUCGCUCUCCGUGGCUAGCGCCGCAGGACCCUAAGUGGCCUAAUGUGAGGCCCAGGCUAAUGCAGUUUAUCCAACUUGAGGGAAACUUUCACGGACACUCUUUUCUUUCUUUUUUAAAAAGGGAGUUACGACUCGUAGCACUUUUCAGCUGUAUUAAAAUUAUUAUUGUUGUUAUCAUUAUUUUUGUAUUCAAUGUGAAUAUUUCUAGUCAGUGUUUUGAAACCUUUGUCUUCAGAUAGGAAUCUCCGGACUGUCCAGUGCCUUAGACCCCCUCACCUGCCCGCUCCUUGUUCCUACCCCCUCCCUAGGAAAAAAAAAAUCCUGAGGAAAACAAGCUGUCUUGGCGGGCUUCUUGAGGUCCUCUUCCUGUUCUCUUUGCUUCUCAAGGGCACCAUGCACUCAAACAGAGUAUUACUUUUUAAAGAAUUGGGAAUAUUUGUAAGCUAUAUCCGCUUGUAUUUUUUAAUUUAUAAACUUUAGUUGAACACA